GUUCUUUUCCCGUGAUCUCGCGAUAGCUUCCCCAUCAGUGGCGGCUGUGUGGCCCCCUGUCUCAAUCCGGACCGACUUGUUUCUGACGUUUGAAUGAAAAACACUGCGAAUUACCUCCACUUUGGACCCAGGAAAUAAUGGCUUCAGCAUUGGAGCAGUUCGUUAACAAUGUGCGGCAGCUCUCCGCUCAAGGCCAGAUGACUCAGCUGUGUGAGUUGAUCAACAAGAGCGGGGAGCUGCUGGCCAAAAAUCUGUCCCACCUGGACACAGUGCUGGGGGCCUUGGACAUCCAGGAGCACUCUCUGGGCGUGCUGGCUGUGCUAUUCGUGAAGUUCUCCAUGCCAAACAUCCCAGACUUUGAGACGCUCUUCUCCCAAGUUCAGCUCUUCAUCAGUACCUGUAAUGGGGAGCACAUUAGAUAUGCAACAGACACUUUUGCUGGCCUCUGCCACCAAUUGACAAAUGCCCUUGUAGAGCGGAAACAGCACAGUUCCAGCUUCCUGAAACCCUUUGAUUCUGAAAACAACGGGACAUUUAGAGGGCUCGCCUCUCUGCGUACUGUAUUUACGCCAUUGAGGGGUGUCGUCAUCCUAAAACAGGCAAUAGACAAAAUGCAGAUGAACACAAACCAACUUACCUCAGUUCAUGCAGACCUGUGUCAGCUGUGCUUGUUAGCGAAGUGCUUCAAGCCUGCUCUGCCCUUCUUGGAGGUGGACAUGAUGGACAUCUGCAAGGAAAAUGGAGCCUACGACGCAAAGCACUUUUUAUGUUACUACUACUAUGGCGGCAUGAUCUAUACGGGCCUCAAAAACUUUGAAAGAGCACUGUAUUUUUAUGAACAGGCAAUAACCACUCCAGCCAUGGCAGUGAGUCACAUCAUGUUGGAAGCCUAUAAGAAGUACAUCCUGGUGUCGCUCAUUCUCCAUGGCAAAGUGCAGCAGCUGCCCAAAUACACCUCUCAGAUCGUAGGGAGGUUCAUCAAGCCCCUGAGCAACGCCUAUCACGAGUUAGCUCAGGUGUACUCCACCAACAAUCCCGCCGAGCUGCGUGGCCUGGUCAACAAACACGGCGAGACGUUCACACGAGACAACAACACGGGCCUGGUCAAACAGUGCCUCUCUUCUCUCUACAAGAAGAACAUCCAGAGGCUAACAAAGACCUUCCUGACGUUGUCUUUGCAAGACAUGGCAAGUAGAGUGCAGCUUUCAGGUCCCCAAGAAGCAGAGAAAUACGUUUUACACAUGAUUGAAGAUGGUGAGAUCUAUGCUAGCAUUAACCAAAAGGAUGGUAUGGUCUGCUUCCAUGACAACCCUGAAAAAUACAACAACCCAGCAAUGCUCCACAAAAUAGACCAAGAGGUGAUCUUAGAUCUGCAGAUGUUGAAAUGUAUAGAGCUGGAUGAGAAACUAAAGUCUAUGGAUCAAGAAAUCACAGUAAACCCACAAUUUGUGCAGAAGAGUAUGGGAUCGCAGGAGGACGAUGUUGGUAGCAAAACAUCAAGUUAUUCAUGAGGGGACCUUGGACAGGGACAGAACACCACAGCCACCCCGACCCGUUCUUCCCAGGAUGAGUUGGAUUUUUUUUAAAAGGAAAAGAAAACAUUCUGUUGCAUAUGGACAUUGGUCAAGAAAAACCUAAUUUUGUGGAUUGAUGAUAAAUUUGGUUAUUCUUACUUCACCGUGUCUUAAGGAUAACAAAAGAUUCUUAGAGAAAAGGAAAAAAAAAUACAAUUUUUGUCAGUGUUUUAUUUAUCAAUGUUCAGGAACGCCACAGCUACGUUGACAGAAACCACAACAAUAAAAACUGGACUUGUUUGUUCCAAACCUGUGUGAAUAAAUCUCACUGUUUGUUUUGGUUUUUCUGCAUGAUGGCCGUAACUGGAGGGCAUUACAUAUGAACUGAAACAUCUAUGGCUGACGAGGAAAAAAAAAAUCUGAUUAUAUUCUCCAUUUGUAAAGACCGCGCUGAUCGUUUUCUUCUCCUUGGUUAGAUUGUAGAUAUCAAAUGCAAACCUGUACAAACGGACAUGUCCUUGACGAAGCUCGGCAUUGUGGAGAAGUCAAACACAAUCUGGGGCACUGUUUUGUUUUUUUUAUUUUUCUUAAUUUUUUUGUUUUUAGGUCAGAUCCACUAGAUGUCGCUAGAGCACUGCACAAGAAACUGUUUUAACAGCUUGAAGUCAGCAGAUGAAACCAAACUGUCUUGUCAAUUGGGAGCUUGAGCAUUGCGAUUGUGGAUCUGUUAAUAAAUUGUUUAAGAAUA